AUGGCGAACAACACCAUUUUCAUGUCUCCUGAAGAGUCGGAGCGAAUCCAACGCACAAUCAAAGAUCUUGCAAGGCUGCGUGAACAACAGACAGGCCAUUCGAGGGAACCUACAGAUCCCAAAUCCUUGAUCGAGCAAGCUAUCUCUACGUCUCUGAUGCAAGAGAUGUCUUCUGCAGCCUUCGGUCUUGGUGCGCCAAGGAGAUCUCGAGAGACGAUGGCGGCUUACGGCAUAGGCAAGCAAUACCCCCCUAGUACAGCCAAACUUGCAGAUCUACAGCCAAUAUCCAUCAAGGAUCUGAGAAUGGAAAUGCACCAUAGGGGCUUCUUCCUUGCCUUGCGCCGUGUCUCACCCGUUUGCAUACUUCAGGCAUCCUCCUGGACCGUCGUCAAAGGCCAGUCAUCUGACGAGGUGGAGCGGCUGGAGGUCUUGCUUCAUACAUCGCAGUACGGCGACAAUGCCUUGGAGGUAGCUUCUGACCUGGUAAUUAAAGAGCCUUACUAUACGCUCAACGCCCAGGGGGAAUGCACCAUUCGAAUAGAUCAUCCAUCAGACCUAAUAAUUACUGCAAUCGCCGAAAAUCCAGAAUCAUGGCGUGACAAGGAACAUGACUCUGGAAGACCGGAUCUCGUGUCUCCAAGCGAUUACAAGAGCAAGGGAAACGACGCACUUCUCAAGAAGAAGAACUAUGCCCAAGCCUACUUUUGGUAUAAGGAGGGUCUGAAGCUUUUGGAGAGUGAAAGAGGUUGCGAUUCUGUACGAAAAGACCUAUACCGUAACCGAGCUCAUGUCAAUAUUCAACUUCAGAGAUUCGAUGAAGCAAUAUCGGAUGCCUUGAACUCUCUUACUUGUGGUGAGACUAAAGAUCUCAAGUCUCUUGACGCCAAAGCAUAUAAUCGCGCAGGUAUUGCGGCAUACUCUCAAGGAGAAUACCUCAAGGCUCGACACUACUUUGAGCAGCAAGAGAGACUGCAACCAAAUGAUCAGCAACCCAAGCUACAUGUACGAAGAGUCAAUGCAAGACUGAGAGAGGAGGCCGAGGGCACUUUCAAUAUGAGGAAGGUCGUGAGCAAACUACCAAAAACGGGAGGCAGACCCGAUACAGCCUCAUAUUGCGGUCCAACAGAGAUAAAAAACAGCCCUGGAGCUGGCCGUGGUCUUUUUGCAACCAGAAACAUCGAACCAAACGAGAUCAUCAUGUGCGAGAAAGCAUUUUGUGCAGCCUGGAGUCAUGAGACUGAAACGUUCACGGCAUUGGCUUGUGAUCUUCGAGAAGACGCUGCCAUCAAGGUCUUUCCCGCGGGUUUGCAUAAAGCUGUUGUGAGGAAGCUUCUCAACAAUCCACCACAGGUCGAGAAAGUCCUCAGUCUCCAUGGAGACCACCGUGGACUUGGGGCAAAGUUGCAUGAAGUCGACGGUUCACCUGUAGUCGACACGUUUCAGGUUCACGAUAUCAUCCAACGCAACGCCUUCGGCUUGGGUCAGCAAACAGAGGAUGAAGAUGUCAGCAACGCCAGUACUGGCCUUUGGAUACGGGCAUCGUACAUCAACCAUUCGUGUAUCUCCAACACAAAGAAGGAUUUCGUUGGUGAUCUCAUCAUCUUUCGCGCCAUCAGAAGAAUUGCAGCUGGUGAAGAGCUCACUCAUGCUUAUGAUGAAUCAAGUGACUAUGAAGCAAGAAAGGCAAACAUUCGGAGGACAUGGAAUUUUGAAUGUCGCUGUCAGCUUUGCCUUGUGGAGGGAGCAGAGAGUGAAGAUGUCAGGAAACGAAGGCGGCAGACUGAGGAGAAGGCAAACACUUUUGCAGAAGCAAACAGCCCCCAUGGUGCAAGUAGGAUCACAGUGAGAAAGGGAAAGAUGCUGCGUCAGACACUGAACGAGACGUAUGAUGAGAAACGCUAUAAGGGGCUACCUCGUCGUGCACUUGCGGCGAUAGACGAGUGGCUUCUGUCGGCCACAGCCAGUUAG